GAGCUCAGCCGAUUUAUGUCCGUCACUCCUUCAGUCCUUUGUGUAGGUACUGGGACCAGAGGGAAUAAACAAGAGUCAGAAGACACAACAAAAGCUGAAGAGUGGAGCACGAAUCUGAGAACCAAGGGUUUAAGGCUUUAAGUUCACUCUUCCCUCUCUGUCGUUCCGUGUAGUCCGUAACUUUCAAUUGCAAUAUAAACACCCAAAAUCAAGUUACAUGAUGACGUCCUUUCCGUCCAAAAACCUAUGGAUUCCACGGCAACAAUGCCCAUGUGGAGAUUGGAAAUGUUAUGUGACAUAUGAGGGUGAUGGUGAAGAGAUUGCGGCUGGACCGGAAUUGGUGAAGACAGAGAAGGCGUCAUCAGAAACUAUGGUUUCACCCUAUGUAGGAAUGGUGUUUAAGAGUGAUGAUGAUGCGUUUGAAUAUUAUGGGAAUUUUGCCCGGAAGAAUGGGUUCUCAAUUAGAAAAGAAAGAUCCAGACUUAGCCCGCAAUUAGGCAUUUAUAAACGUGACUUUGUUUGUUACCGUUCAGGGUUUGCCCCAAUGAAGAAGAAGUCUAAUGGAGAACACCAUAGAGAUAGAAAAUCCGUACGGUGUGGAUGUGAUGCAAAAAUGUAUCUGUCAAAGGAGAUUGUGGAUGGAGCUUCUCACUGGUUUGUUGUGCAGUUUAGUAAUGUACAUAAUCAUGAACUUUUGGAGGAUGACCAAGUGCGGCUUCUUCCAGCAUAUCGGAAAAUACAAGAGGCUGAUCAAGAGCGUAUACUCUUACUUUCUAAAGCUGGGUUCCCAAUUCAUCGAAUAGUGAAGAUGCUUGAGCUGGAAAAAGGGAUUCAAGGUGGGCAACUGCCAUUCUUGGAAAGGGAUGUGAGGAAUUUUGUUCAAAACCGGAAGAAGGUUAUUCAGGAAAACGAGGCAUUGCUAAGCGAGAAAAGAGAAAAUGAUGUAUUGGAACUUCUUGAGGCAUGCAAAACAAUGAAAGAGACUGACAAUGAUUUUGUUUAUGAUUUUACAAUGGAUGGGAAUGAAAUGGUUGAAAAUAUAGCCUGGUCUUACAGUGACUCUGUUCGUGCAUAUUCUAUGUUUGGUGAUGUGGUUUAUUUUGACGCUACGUAUCGAUCAAUCACAUACGGAAUGCUCUUUGGAGCAUGGUUUGGUAUUGACAACUGUGGUAGAACCAUUUUCUUUGGUUGUGUUUUGUUGCAGGAUGAAACACCUCGGUCCUUCUCUUGGGCACUACAGAGUUUUGUCCGGCUCAUGAGAGGAAGAUGUCCACAAACAAUUUUAACCAAUGUCGACCCUGGCCUUAGAGAUGCCAUAAGAAGUGAAUUGCCAGGCACUAAACAUGUAAUCUCUAUAUGGUGUAUGAUGCCCAAGGUAACCUGCUGGUUUUCUCUUCCUCUUGGGUCUCGCUAUGAAGAAUUUAAAUCUGAGUUUGAUGCAUUAUAUCACAUUGAGAAUUCAGAGGAAUUUGAACUUCGAUGGAACCAAAUGACAUCUUCCUUUGGUCUUGGUUCAGAUAGGCAUAUUGGUCUACUCUACACUUUGCGGGCAUCUUGGGCAUUGUCUUAUGUUAGAGGUUUCUUUCUGGCUCGGAUGGGGACAGCAUCUUACUCAAAGUCAUUAGACAGUUUUUUGAAAGGCAUCUUCAGUUCUCAAACUUGUUUACGGAGCUUUUUUGAGCAGGUUGGCAUUUCUGCAAAUUUUCUUCAUCAUGCUCGUCAAGAAACUCCAUAUAUGCACCUCAAAAGCUGCAUACCUAUUGAAGAGCAUGCCCGGAGAAUAUACACACCUUUUUCAUUUAAUGCCUUGCAACAAGAGUUAUUGCUAACAAUGCAAUAUACUACAUCUGAAAUGUCCAAUGGAUCAUAUAUUGUACGCCACUUCAAAAGGAUGGAUGGUGAGCGUCUUGUGAUAUGGCUGGCUGAAGAUGAACAAAUCCAUUGCUCUUGCAAAGAAUUUGAAUCCUCUGGGAUAUUGUGCAGACAUGCUCUUCGUGUAUUCAUAAUAAAGAAUUACUUUCAGCUCCCUGAUAGGUAUUAUUUAAGUAGAUGGCGACAACAUGAGUCCUCUCUACUUCUUGAUAAUGAUCACAAUAAUAAUCAAAGUAUCGAGGAUGAAUGGUUUCAAGAAUAUCAGUCCCUUGCUGAAACCUUGUUUGCAGAAUCUUCAAUUACAAAGGAGCGAUCUGACUUUGUACGUAGAGAACUGACAAAAGAAAUUACUAGGAUUCUUAGCGAGGUUAGAAAUCUGCCUCAUAAUGAUGGAGUCACAAUGGACUUGACUAUUUCCCCAAACGUUUAGUCUCAGGCGUUGGGUUGUAUAUAUAUUUAUUGUAUGAUAAGAGAAAAUACUUCAACAAGUAGAGGUAUGGUCAUAUUUAUAAUGUCAUUCAUAUCUGAUUUGAUGCAAAAGGACCGGCAGCUUCAUUUUCUGCUGGACUUGUAAUCACCUGUAAUGGAAGCUGAUGAUGAUGAAAAAAAAUUAUUGAUGGUGGCAUAUUUUUUAUUAUGUCAAAUGUCAAAUGUUACAUA